CAGAGUUGAGGGAGGAAUGGCGGCCCCUCGGAGUUUCUUCAUAUCUCUCUCCGGGUUGUUUCUGGUUUUAUCUUUCUCUUGUGGAUCUCCCACUUCAGGCAGCAAAAGAUCAAACCAGGAGCGAUGUGGUUUUAAGGUGCAGUCUGGUGCAGAUGGCAGUCGCAGGUUUCCCGUCACCCUCAGAGCUGACAACUGUUCAUUGAACUAUCCAUUGGGGAAACAUGUGAUCCAUGAAGUUGCCAAUGUCUCCUUCACUCACCUGGCCUGUGAGGAUCAGGCCGCUGUGGUGGUUCACUGGUCUGCAAGUCCAUUAGGGAUCGAACAUAUUAAAGGGUUCAGAGUUUAUCUGGAAGACAAGAAUCCAGAGGGGAAACAGUGUCAGCAUCUCAUCCUCAAAGAUCCACGGCAGCUCAACUUCACCUACAAGAACACGAGGCUCAGCAGUCAGCCAUUCAGUGGCUUGACCUUUGACACCGACUACAUGGUCCGUGUUGUUCCUUUCCCCACUCUGAUGAACGAGAGUUUCUUCCCUCCAUCGUUUCUCCGGACCAACUCAUGUGAAGUCCUCCUCGGAUCAGACAACUUGGUUUGCAAACCAUUCUGGAAGCCAAAGACCCUCAACAUAUCCCAGCUGGGUCCGAACCUCCAUGUGGCGUUUGAUCAGGCUCCGCCCUCUUUCGGCUUCCGCUUCUACUACCUCUACUACAAACUGAGGCAUGACGGACCUUUCAAACUGCAGCGCUGCAAACCAGACAUGAACCAGCCCAGAACUACUUGCAUCCUGCAGGACGUCACUCCAGGGACAUACACUGUCGAGUUGAGAGAUGAUGGUAACACAACCCGGAGGCAGAUCCAGUACCAUGUCAGCCAAGUCCACUCCCCGUGGGCGGGGCCUAUCCGUGCCAUGGCUAUCACAGUGCCGCUGGUCAUCAUGUCUGCUUUCGCCACUCUCUUCACUGUCAUGUGUCGAAAGAAACAACAAGAAAACAUCUACAGCCAGCUGGAUGAGGAGAGCAGUGAGUCAUCCAAUCAAAGCGCAGCAUUGAACGCAGAACGCCCAUGGCCUCGUCCCAGAGUCUUCAUUUGUUACUCCAGCAGGGACUGUCCUAAACACACCAAUGUCAUACAGAGCUUUGCAUACUUUCUGCAGGACUUCUGCAACUGUGAGGUUGUGCUGGACCUGUGGGAACAUCUGGAGAUCUGCAAAGAGGGUCAGAUGUCAUGGCUGAGCAGACAGCUGGAUGAAUCCGACUUCAUCAUCACUGUCUGCUCCAAAGGCCUACGCUACUACGUGGAGAGGAAGAGUCGCAGAGGGAAGACGCCAGUCAGUCGCUGCAGCAACAGCAGCAGCAGCAGCUCUUCUGCUAAUGGAUCUAGCGGUGACCUGUUUACAGUGGGCGUGGCCAUGAUCGCUGAAAAGCUGCGGCUAGCGAAGCAGAGCGAAGGGGGUGGCGACCCAGAGCUGAACCGCUACAUGAGCGUUUACUUUGACUAUUCAACGGAAAACGACAUCCCCACCAUGUUGAGUCUGGCUCCCAGGUUCAAGUUGAUGGACCACCUGCCUCAGCUCUUCAGUCGACUCCACUCCGGUCAGUCCAGUUUGUCUGACCGUGAGCACCAGCCUCUCAACAUCUCCAGGAGAAACUACUUCAGGAGUAAGUCUGGACGCUCGCUCUACGUUUCCAUCUGCAACAUGCACCAACACAUCAGCCAGAACCCUGACUGGUUCGAGAAGCAGCUGGCUCCUGCAGCAGGUUCUUCAGCGUCCUCUGGCAUCCCUUCAAAUCAUUCUUCUCUACCCACUGUCCCGGCUCCCAGUCCUUCUCCAAAGCUUCCCAGCUGCUCCUCAUCACUGCAGCCUGAGCAGAGGUUUGACUCUGGAUUGGUGCUGAAUGAAGUGCCAGUGAGGAUACCAUCACUGGAGGAUGGGAGCGGACUCCCAAGAAGGAACCUGCUCCUACUGGCCCCUGGCUCGAGUCCUAGUCCUAGUCCCAGUCCCAGUCCCAGUCCUGGCCCUGGUCCCAAUCCUGGUCUGUGUCCCAGUCCAGUCUUGCCACAUUGCUCCAUGUCGUUGCUGGGACCUACUUCAAGGUCUACUUCUGGAGUGUCUGUUGUAUCAUCGGACGGGUCGUCAUCCUCCUCCUCCUCCUCCACUGCUCCCUCCAUCCUCACUGAUGAGGUUUGUUCUGUCCAGGCAGAGGAGAGCUGCCCCACCCCUCUAGAGAACCCUCCUCCUCGUGAUUCAGGCAUCUACGAUUCAUCCGUCCCUUCAUCAGAGCUUUCCAUUCCCCUCAUGGAGGGUCUGUCACAUGACCAGGCUGACUCCUCCUCUGUGGCUGACAGCGAAUCAUCUUCAUCAGGCUUAGGUGAUGAGGAGCCGUCCGUUGUUGCGUCAAUCCGCUGCAGCACUGCCACAGUGUGUAAAGCAGAGCUGCACCACCACCUGGAGCACAAUGAUGGAAUCGCUACUGUGGCUUCGUUGUAGGGGAGGGGCCUCCAGCCAAUCAGAAGAGAAGCAGUCUUGUGACAUCAUCACUGGGUCUAAAAUGUUCUUGGACUUAAGUUCUUUCUCAGAAGUGUUGUCAUCCAAACAUCAUGGAAGCAAAACUGGAAUAAGGAAAAAGGCAUUUGAGUGUGUAAUUUUGCAAAUUACUAGUUCUUAAGUGCGGGUCUGUGAGUUUACACUGAGUUAGAGAACAUUUUUAAAAAACUGACCACUACAAUAGUUCCGCUCUCUGGUAACUUGAAGACCAGUGCCUUGUUACUAUGGUAACUGGUGAGUUUUUGAACCCUAGUCCUAGGUAACUAUGUUAACCACUGCAUUCUAGAGCCUCAUUCGAGUCCCCAGCCACAAAGCACUAUGUACUGCUGACACAGAACACAAGUCCAGAGUAACUGUGGUCCCCUGUACAUUCUUGAGCAAUUGUCCGAUUAACCAUAGUAACCGCUGACUGUCAAAGAAUAUAGAUAAUUAAGAUAACAAUUGUGACCACUGAGUGCUGGAACACUCAUCCAUGGUGAUGGAGUUACUUCUGGUCACUCUGCCUUUAGGACGUUAAAGGACUGUGUGUCCAGAUGUGGGCAGAGCAGACGCGUUCAGACCAAAGACUGACUCAGCGCGGCGUCUCGGUUGAUUGACUCAAUAACAACUGACCCGUGAGUUGAUGUCUGGUACCAAAAUAUGAUGCUGAUACACUCUUCAGGCGCUUUUUGAUGCAGAAGCGCAAGGACACAAACUUGUUGGUGACAUGUUCCAACUUGACAACAUCCAACAGGAUCAAAGCAGCUUCCGAGAUUGUGGUCUCCACCAACGUCUUUGACAAAGGUCGCAGGAUUAACAACGCCUUCAACAUGUGAAUAAUUCAGAACUGGAAUGGCAUAAUUUGACUGUCAUGUGAUCAUUCUCAAUAUUGUAGGGAAAUCCAUGUCUUCGUCAGUGAAUCCCGUCCUUUAAAAAGUGCCUUUUUCACAUAUGUGCCUUUUUAUUUGAGGAGGAAUAUUUUAGUUAGCAGUCUGCAAUUGAAAAGGCAUACCUUAAUUUAAAAAUGAUUUCUACAAUGACUAAUUGAAGAAGCAAGUAAACUGGUCAGCUCUGCCAAUUAACAAUUCACUAAACAGACGUGUGACUGUCUGUUAAAUGUUAAAAAAACAAAAACUGUUGAAUUACUAUCAGAACUUUACUAAAAAACCUGCUAAUGUGACUUAAUAUAGUGGAAAAGCUGUGUGAAAUUCAUGUUGAAUUGACAGUUUGAAUUUUAUUUUCUCUGCUUUUUACUUCUAGACUAUGCAACACAAAAUAAUUUGGUUGGUGAAGCCACAUUAAAACGACAACAUGUUGAAUACCGUGGUUGCAUUGUAAAGCUUAUUGUUGCAGAUUUUAAAAUAUUUGCCAAGUGUGACCAUUAAUGUUGCAUUUAUAGUUUAAUAUACUUUCAUAUGUGUUUAUUGUCAUGCUGGCAUUGGAUUUCCAUGUGUUACUGAUCCCAUUAACUCUUGAGUUAUUGAUUCUUUCAUGUUUCGCAGCUGCAGUCAUAUUUAUUCGGUGGGCUGCUUCCAAAAUCACAGCGAUGGCUUCUGCUCCGAGUGUAUUAGAAGGGACUAUUCAGCAUUUACAACAUGUAAAUAUUAUAUUUGUAUUUUUUUUAUUGGAAAUGUCUGUUCUGUU